GGGAGAGUCGUACGCACAUGUAUAAUGCGAUGAACAGUCGCCGGCAGUUCGAUGAUGCGGACGAGGGUCUGAGACUCGAACUCCCACACGUAAAUAAACGGCGACUGGCCACUACAUGUGAACACUUGUGUAAACCAACAAGAUAUUGGGUACAGCCCAGUCCAACCUGGCGACGAUGACGUGGCAGUUGUCGGACACGCAAAAGCGCUUCAACCCGGGGGGAUGUUCGUAUGCUGGCAGCGUGAAGCGGUACUGCAGCGCCAGCGUGCUGAGCUCCCACAUCAAGAUCGAGUCGUCGCGGAAACACACGGCCACGAGCUCUCCAUUUCCGACGAAUUGCGCGGCUUCGACGCCUGGACCGGCGUUGAGCGUGCGGAAACGAGACCAGUUGGCAGAAUCCCACAUGAUCACGGCGUCCGCGGACGCCGUGAGCGCCAGUUGACCUGGCUGCUGGAACGACACACACGUGGGGACCUGCCGGUGGCCGCGCAACGUGCUCACAAGAGCCUUCGUCGCCACGUUCACGCACCGGACAGUCAUGUCUUCGCAUGUGACAAGCAGCUCCGUGCGCUGCUGGGGCGAGAACGCGCAUUCCAGCGCCGGCGUGCCAAGGUGGCACACGAGGGAGUACCGGUUGCGCAGUGGAAAGAACGCAAACACGCGCCCUUUCUCGUCCACAGCGGCAAAGAUGUCGCCACCGACAGAGAACGCCACGCAUCGAAACCGAGCGUUGCCUGUGGCAUUCGAUGAGGUUGACGACGGCGGAUAUGGCCCUGCAUGUGCAUUCUUGAAUGCCCGCAGAGGAAGAUUUCGAAAGCUUCCCAAAAGCCCCAGAGGUCCGACCUGUGGGCGAUGCGACCACAUGACCCCCUCGUCGUCCGCGCUUAGCUUCAGCCGCACUUCAUACACCAUCGCGAUCCGUGCCGAUCGUUCCUUGAGAUAAGCAGCACCCCAGCGCCGGAUAAUCGUUUGAAAUCAUCCGGUUAUCUUCCAUAGGAUUGAUUUCAAGCGAAUGACAUUUGGCAUUGUGGUGAAAGCCUUCCCUGACGUUGCUCUAGUAUGUACUGUACAGCGAGACCUUGCAAUGCUGCAUGUACCUUGGAAUGGCAUAUACUACUACGACAUGCAUGUAUUCGUUACGAACUUGCCUAAAUGAGCUUCAACCCCUUGAGCCCAAUAACCAGCAACAGGCCUUCGACGGUAGAAAUGGCAAACAACGACAACACAAACCCAAGGCCAUGGCCGCCAUAGCCAGACGUGUAGCCAACUUGGUGCGCAAUGCGACCAACAGCAAACACGACCGUGGCCACAAACACGGGAAAUGCAAACACGUUGCCGGCCAAGAAGAGUCCGGCCACGAGCGAGCCAUAGUUUUCGACCAGGUGCUGCAACGAUCGAUUCGCGCGGUUGUACGCGCCGACUUCGCCGUCGUCGAUAAACACAAUCGCAUUCUCCUUCGCAUCCUUGCCAAUCGCCUUGUAAAUGAACGGGUUCGAGCGCAGGUUGCCAGAGUUGCCGCGCAUGAUCUGCGCCUUGUGGAUCGUCGGGUAAAAGUUCACAAACGCCACCGUGCGACCCAACAGCACGAUCGCCAAGCACGCCCAGUGCAGCUCGUUGCCCAGCAGCGCCUUGAUGCGUUUUUCGUACGUCGCUUGGGGGCCGAGGGUAUACACCGAAUACGCAAUCGCCGUGCCGAUGGCAAGGGGCACGGUCAAUACGACGAACAACCCGCCGUACGAUUUCUUCUUCUCCGCAUCCGUCAAGGCAGGGAGGCCUGAGUCGUGCGUGGCCGAUUUCGCGCCGUUGUCCGAACCCAUUUGUCUUCGAGGAUGCUGAUGUUGGAGUGAGCGGUAAAUCUCAACUGCAAUUGUUCGGAUACGUAUCCGGAUACCAC